AUAUGGGGACUCUGAUUAUAAGCAUACAUAUGCAAUGGCCUGCCGUGCUUAGAAGUGGUUUUAGUUUGUAGGGCAGUGUGGGGCUAAAAAGCCCUCCUCACCUAAGUCCCAUGAUAAGGACGUUUUCCGACAGUAUAAUCGUCCUCGAUGUAAAUGAGUGAGAAUAUUACAGCUAGAACAACAAACUAGUCCUCACAGGACCCCCCAACUUCCAACUAACAUCAAGGUUCAAGUGGGCUAAAUUGCCCAUUUCAAUUAAAUGAUGUUAAUCAAUUCUGACAACACAAGAAAGGGAUCAAAUUGCAGCCAAACAAAACAACCCAUGAGAUGAAAUACCUUUCUUGACAUAUGAUACACAACUACUACGGUAAAAGAAUUACCAACUUUCUACCUUACUUUCUACCUUUAAAGCGUGGAACAUAAUUUUCCCACACAUUACAAAUCCUCCUGUAUCCCAGAGUCUCUCAUGCUAUCUACAUUUUUUCACCUGAAUCCAUUCAUGGAGAGGAAAAAGACUAGAGGCAGCACCAAUGAAUUGGCGGUAGUAAAGGCGGCUGCAUGGGCGUGGUACCAACAUGGAUCAGGAUCAGAGGGGAAGCAAAUGCACGAAUUUGAUAUUACAAGGAGUCGUCAAGCUCCCGGGCCUUCACGAUACAGGCUAGAGGCCAUGAGAACAGCCGAAGAAGCCAUGGAGGGAUCAAGAUCAAGUAGUGCACAUAGUUCAAUCCAUACCAGUAAUUCUCUUCUUGAUGCCUUUGAAAUUGAAAGCAUUUAUAGACAAUUGGAUUGUCUUGUAGGAUCUAGUGGGAACAAUUUUUAUACAAGGUUCCUAGCUGGAGAUAAUGUUCAUCAAGAAAACGUGAAACUAUUAGAUAAGGUCGACACUGGUGGAAUGAAGAAAAAGAAGAAGAGAGUGAAAGGGUUUUGGCCAAGGCAUGCAAUUGCUUGUGGUACAAGGGAAGAUGUGGUGGAUGCAAGAGUUUUCAGGGAUAGGAGACGACCGGAAAAGCAUGUACCGGUAGUUAGUCUUACAGCCUGUAGGCCACGAGCCUCCCUAAGCUGAUGAUCAAUUGCAAUAUUGGAUUUUGGAUUGGUCGUUGGCUUUGUAUUAAAUUGUUUCUUUGCCCUGGAUAUUUGUGUGGCCAUCUUGUGCUGCAAGCCAACUCCUAUGCUGUCCUUUACAGAGAGGUUUACAUAAUAAGGUGAGUGAACUAAACUCUGUUUGAUAAAAUUAUAUGAAUCAUUAUGAGUGUGCCUGGUUUAUGGAUGGCUGGCUUAAAGGCUGCUUUGGGAAAGAGUAUGUGACAGUCACUAUUGGACACAUUCACUGUUAUAUAGCCCAUACGGAUUUUCUUUUUGUUCUGUGUGUGUGUCUGGUUAAUGGGUGGAAUAAAAAUGUUGUCAUAGAAAAAACAAAAAGAAAUUUCAAAAUGGUGUAAGAAGUUCAUUAAGGUUAAAUCUUGUUACACCCUGUUGCACACACUCAGUAUACACUUCUUUGAUUUCCAUUGAAACAUAAUUUCAUAAUUUUAACGAAAAUCAAAUGAGAUAAUGUGUGCAAUAAAAUGUGUAAUAAUUUAACGAAAAUCAAAGAAG